GUUGCCUUGAGUGCCCGCGAACUUCGACCUCGCCAAAUUUCCCCUCCUAUCAGAGCUGUCGCCAAAAUUGUCAAAUGGGUCAGGAACCGUCAUAGCCAUCGCUAAAGUAAUUUCCAACCAGCUGGCAUUUCUCUUCACAAGGAAGUAUUUAUCUUACUCAGUCUUCCUCCUACCGUCCUCAUCUUUCCUCCCCUCCUUUUUCUGUUUCCUCCCUCUCCCGCCUCUCCCCCAGGUCAAUCUCUAAACACCUUGUGUACCCCGCUAUGGCUGCCCCGCAAGAACUUGUCCCCCAGACCGAAUCCAUCGCGGAGGUCUACGCAACCGAUGAUGCUUCAGCCACCUCGGUCGCCCCUGAACACCAGACUCGUUUCAAUGCGCUGGUCUCCAAAUUCACCAACCUCUACUCUCAUCGCCCCGAUUUUGUCGCUCGCAGCCCCGGUCGCGUGAACAUUAUUGGUGAGCACAUCGACUAUAACCUGUACGAUGUGCUCCCCACUGCUGUCAGUGUCGACGUGAUCAUCGCCGUGAAGGUGACUCCUGCCACUGGCUCGGAGACUGUGGUCAAGAUCUCCAACGUCAACCCCGAGAAAUUCCCCACGCGCGAGUUUACCGUGCCCCGCGACACAGACAUCGAGAUCGACCCCAAGAAGCAUGACUGGGUCAACUACUUCAAGGCCGGACUGUUGGGCGCCCUGAAGUUCCUGCGUCAACGGAAUGCCGAUGGCUCAUUCACCCCGGCGAGCAUGGAGGUUCUGCUGGACGGAAACGUGCCCCCGGGUGGUGGCAUUUCCAGCAGUGCCGCCUUUGUGUGCGCCAGUGCCCUGGCGGUCAUGAAGGCCAACAACCACGAUGUAUCCAAGCAGGAUCUGCUCGACCUGGCCGUUGUUUCCGAGCGGGCGGUCGGUGUCUACUCUGGAGGUAUGGAUCAGGCGGCUUCGAUCUUCUCCCGUCGCGGAUACCUGCUUUACACCCAGUUCUACCCCAACUUCUCGGUUCAGCACGUCCCCAUUCCCAAGGCGACCGAGGAGAUCACCUUCCUUAUGGCGCAGAGCUUCGUCACCUCUAACAAAGCGGAAACGGCUCCCCGUCACUACAACCUCCGUGUUGCCGAGUGCACUCUCGCCUCCGUCGUGCUGGCUGCUAGCCACGGCCUGACCCUGCCCAAGGAUAACAGCUCGCUUGGAUACAGUCUCCGCAACUUCCACAAUGAGUUGAUGCGCAAGGAGGGCCGCCUGGGCGACCCGUUGGAGUACCAGAUCGACUCCGUGAUCCAAAGCACGAUGGAGAUUUUGAAGGAAGAGGCCGGAUACACGCGUGAGCAGAUCGCCGGUCUUCUGGCUAUCCCGGUUUCCGAGUUGGAGUCCAAGUACCUGUCCGCAUUCCCCGUUCAAGCUGAACGCUUUCUCCUGCGGCAGCGCGCCUUGCACUGUUUCACCGAGGCUCGCCGGGUGCUGGACUUCAAGGCGUGUCUCGCCAAGGCCCACGAGCUCGACGACAGACGCAUCCAGUAUCUAGGUCAGCUGCUGAACGAAUCGCAAGCCUCUUGCCGAGACCAAUACGAGUGCAGUGCUCCUGAGGUGGACGACAUCUGCGCCAUUGCCCGUCGUGCUGGAACUCUGGGCAGCCGUCUCACAGGUGCUGGAUGGGGUGGUUGCACGGUUCACAUGCUGCCUCAAUCCAAGGUCGCGGCCGUGACAAAGACUCUGAAGGAGGAGUACUACCUGAAGCAUUUCCCCGACAUCAGCGAGGAGAAGUUGGCUCAGGCGAUGGUCAUCAGUAAGCCGUCGAACGGAUCGUUCUUGGUGGCGGGUGCGGCUAUUGCUGAGGUGAAGGUUUAGGAUAUUAUUUUUUGUAGCGUGGUACUAUCUAGCGAGGUGUAAUAUAGCUCAAUGCGGGCAUAAAAUUGAUGUGGUUUUGGACAAUAAUCUGCCUAUUUCCUAUAAGAUGUCUGCAUCAUCACUACCGGAUGCGAGGGAUACGUUGUAUACAUCGUGAUAUUUCACUGAUUCCGU